GUGGGGGGGGGUAUUUCUACCUUUACUUCUGUUGGCAACAGCAUUCCCUUCAGAGCUGGGCAACUGGAGAGCAGCAGCUGCUGCCCAAGAAUUCAAGUCUGAAGACAGAGCUACCACCAGCAGCAGCACAGAAGUCAGGGCAACACGUGUAUGGUGUUGCCACCCUUAAUUCUGCCCUGCUGCUGGUGGGGUGCUGCCUUCAGAGCUGGGCAAUAGGCCCACGUUCCAAUCCCCGCUCUCCAGCUGCCCAGCUCUGAAGGCAGCACAGAAGUAAGGCCAGCAAUACCGUGACCCUCCUAAAAUAACCUUGUGAUCCUGCAACUCCCUUUUGGGUCAGGGUCCCCAAUUAGAGAAACACUGAUCUCCGUGAGAUCUGUAUAGCACAGAGUAAAAGCACGCAAAGGGCCAGAUUUCAUGGUCUGUGACAUGUUUUUCAUGGUUAUGAAUUUGGUAGGGCCCUAGUUAAACUGGAUCAUAAACUAUAUAUGGAGUCACCCAUGUCAGACCGACACACACACCCCCACCUUUUGGGGAUGAUUAGCAGGCGUAUUUGUUGUAAUCAAGACAUGUUACUUCCAUGGUACUCAGCAUUGAUUAGGCCUCAGCUGGAGUAGUGUGGCCAUUUUUAUGGACUACACUUUGGGAAAGUUGAAAACAAAUUGGACAAAGUCCAGAGGAGAUUCCCCCCCAAAAAAAUUAAGGUCUAGAAAAUAGACUGAUGAGGAAAGAUAUUUAAAAAAUGGCUUUAGUCUGGAGAAGAGAAGAAUUGCAGGGUAGGGGAGACUUAGACUUAUAAAGAGAAGAGUGAUAAAUGGUUCUCUGUAACCCCUGAGGUCAGAACAAGAAGUUAUUGGUCUUCAAUUGCAGCAAGUAAACCAUUAGGAAAAUUUCCUGUCAGGGUAGGUAAGCACUGAGACACGUUACCUAGGGAGGUUGUGGAAUUUUCAUCAUGGAGGUUUUAGAACAGGUUGGACAGACAUCUUUUGGGAUGAGCUAGAAGAUAAUACUUGUUCUGCCUAGUGCAGAGGACUGGACCCAUCAAGGUCCCUUCCAGUCCUACAGUUGAGAUUCUGUGGGUUGGAGAAAAUGGUAGUUAAAAGCCACACCCAGCCUGGCUCAAUGCUGAUGGUACAGCGUGUUCCCAUCUCAUGGCAGUUCUGCUGCCUGUUUGAAAAGAACUUGAUGAUUGUGUCAUUUCAGUUCUUAAUGGAGAGCUGGCAUUAACGGGGCAUGCCUGUUAAGACAGAGGCUAAAGGAUGAAUAGGAACAGAAUUGAAAAUGUCUUCCGCUGAGAGGUGCUGCCUGGGGGGGGUCAAGAUUAAGACAUAUUAAUGGAAAAGCUUUGGGAAGCUUCUUUAUUUUUGAUGAAAUUCCUGCUUUCCCCUCCUGCCCUGCCAGUGAAGAGGGUCAAGACUGCCUGGGGCUAAAAUGGGAUUUAAAUUGUUUUGGUCUGGGUGACCCUCAGUGGAUGGAUUGCAUCCUCUGUGUACAGACAGACGCAUGCAAUCGCCAUGGCUGCCAGUUUUAUUUCUUUCAUGAGCACUUGGAAAAAAUGAAAUUAAUCUCCACAGCACUCAUUUCUCUGUAGCUCAAAGUACAAUAAUGGGAGUGUGUAACCCGAUGGAAAAAUCCCAUCGAAUUUAACAGGAGUGAAACCAAUCUAAAAUGAAAUGCCCAGUAGAAAGCUGCUGUAUGUGGAAGAGAAUUGUGCUCCUGCAAUAGAAUUGUAAAGGUUAGUUUUAACAAUGCUCUAUAAAGAGUCUCAUUCUCUAUUACACUCAAUUGGAUUUUUCUGUAAGGGAUGCUUAGUAUUACAAAGCAUGCCCUGGAGUCAAAGUGUAAGUCAAGCAGAGUAGAAUUUACAGUAACCAACUAGCUGUUGUUUAGAGGGUGGUAGAUAAAUAGAUUAAAUGUGUGAUGGCAUUUUCAUUUUUAAUCCACCCAGUUGGAUAGCCGAUGAAUGGGAAUACUGCACAAAAACCUGCGGGAGCUCUGGGUACCAGAUCCGUACUGUGCGCUGCAUUCAACCUCUUCACGAUGGCACAAACCGCUCGACUCAUAUCAAGUACUGUAGCGGGGACCGCCCUGAGAGCCGCAGGCCGUGUAACAGAACACCAUGCCCUGCACCGUGGAAAGCCGGGCCCUGGGCUGAGUGCUCUGUGACCUGUGGGGAAGGAACCGAGUCCAGGCAGGUCACGUGCCGUGCUGGUGACCACUGUGAUGGAGAAAAACCUGAAUCUGUGAGAGUGUGUAAGCUUGCUCCCUGUAAUGUGACCAUGAAACAAAUAAAAUGUGAAAAGGAGAAUUUUUACCGUGAAAACCAGCAGAAGGAUACAACAACCUAUAUACUGAAUAAGAAAUGGUUAUCUAGUUGGUGCAGAAUUAAUCUAAACAAUAAAAUAAAGGGACUACAUGAGCCCUGCCUAGGAGACAAGUCAAUCUUCUGUCAGAUGGAGGUGCUGGCUCGCUAUUGCUCCAUCCCCGGCUACAACAAGCUGUGCUGUGAAUCUUGUAGCAAGCGCAGCAGCACUCUCCCGCCUCCUUACCUUUCUGAAGCUGCUGAAACCAAAGAGGAAGUGGCCUGGCCGAUGCCGACAUCUUUAGUACCUCAGCACGCGGAGGUCGCUGAGGAGAGCAGAAGUUCUGUAGGCAGGAGGCCUCUGACAGAAGAGGACGUGGAUGUACUUGUUUCUACAUCAACGAGCAAGUCCAAAGGUGCCGAGUUACCCCAGAAGAGAGUUUACCGAGCAGGAAGUCAGACUUCUAGGCUGGUCACGAUGCCCUAUCAGUCAGCUGCUAAGACUGGUGUUCUCAAUCCCCGUAACGCAUCCGUUUUGGCAGCCAUUGUUCCCUUGGCAGCAGUUAACAACACUUCUGCAGGUGCUCUGUCUCCGGUGAGAACCUCAAGGAAAAAUGAGAAGCAUGUUGAAAAGAGACGUGCUUUGAGACGCCCCCCAGUAGAGAGAUGAAAGCAAAUGAGAAGAGGAGGAUAGUAACCGAAAUCUUUUGUUCAGGACACCCUGGUGCGUGCUGCCCUCCAAAAGCACGACCCUCUAUGGAUCAUCAGCUCAUUACAGUUGUAAAUAAAAAACAGUAAGUGCUGGUUCACUUUCUAGAUGCUGCCAUCCUCCUGCACUUCAUUAUCUGGUUAGCUUGAAUGCAUGGGAGAAAAAGCACCAAAGAAUAUUCUCAUCAAUGAAAGAAAGUUGCUGAGUGUGGUGGUCGUUCUGUAGUAUAAGAAAAGUGGCCAGAGUCUAUUUUGCACAUCAGGUAAUUGUUUUUAUUUUUUUAAAAAUCACAUGUGGGAGGGGGGGGAACACCACCACCACAGGUACCAAAAGUUUACACUUCUACAAAACAUUUUUGCAGUGGAACAACAGAAUCCAUAAGACUUGUAUUGCUAAUUUAUCUAUAUAAACCAAUAUUGUAUGAGCAAAUUUCAGCUGUUGUGUAUAUAUACUGUAUAUUGCAGAAAAUCAGUAUUAUUUUUAAGAGUGUUGUGCUGUCAAGCAAUUGUUUACUUAUGUUACAUUUCUGGACAUGUAAUAGGUGCCUGCCGUUGAGUACUGCCUUCCUGACAUUCCAGGAAUUGAUUUUCAAAGCAGCAUUUUAAUAAAAAAGAGGAGCUCCAUUUUAAUAUGCAUUACAGCUACUGACCUUAGGAAGGGUUGUUUUUAAUAUCAACAAUGUGAUGUCUUUUUGGGGUGCGGGGGGACUGCUAUCUUACUGGUCCAACCCAGCUUGUCACCUACCACUUAACAUCGAUUUUACUAGCGCACGUGAUCAGUUUCUUCCAUUUGUGAUUAAAAUUGUUAUGCUGCUGAACAGGCUUUUUAACACCCCUAGCCUAUACGUAGCUGGCAUUGCUUAGGUCUAGAACUAGCAGUGCCUUCUCUGAAUUCUCCUUUUGCCUAAGAGGAACAGACUCGUGAGAAAAGUAAUUGUGCAUAUGUUAUAAGUACUGUAUUGUUCACAAGACAAAUGUGAGUUGUGUUUUCUGGAGGAGCUGUUGGUUUCUGAAGCUGAAAGCGCAUCACAGAGCUAGACUAGGCACUAACAAGAAGUAGCUGUAGCAAGACUUAAAAUGGAUGUUUUCCCUGUUUAAAUCAUUGAUUUUAAAGGUGAGAGAUAUUUAUUUUUCAGCAUGUUUCACCUCAAUCUCCACAACCACAAUGCAUCUGACUGCAAUAAUUUGCUAGUAAUUUAUGUCAAUAACCAUCUCUCUCCGUUCAUCCAGUAAUGCUCUCUCCUGUGUGUUGCUGUAAAGUACUUGUAUAUAGGAUUGAGAACUAAAGAUAUUUAUUAAAGUUGAACUCUUAAUCGUAUUUUAUGUACUAAAUAUUUACACUAAUAGCAGUGACAUUUUUGCCAAGAUAAAAAAUUGGGAGAUGUAAUUAGACACAUGUACAUGCUAUGGUUAUAUGCAUAGAACAGAAAUUUAAAGUAACUAAACUACUGUAGAUGAAUUGAUUUAAUUUUUUUAAAAAAGCCUUAUGACCAUGUUUUCUUCUAUUCCAAGCAUCUUUAGGUUAUUAAAUAGUUUACUGAAGUUUGAGGUGCAAUUUUUGUUUUUCUGCACGCACACGCGCACACACACAAUGAUUUGUCCUGUCUGAGCAAACUGUUUAAUAAAACAGUGCAUUUGUAGCACUAAAAUCCCUAUGAAAUAUAUUAGGACACCAUGGAUCACAUUUUGGAAAUGGAUGAAGAAAUGUGUAUAGUAACUUGGCAUGAUUGUUGAGAUGAUGAUGAUAGAAUGCAAGUCAGGAGACCUUAAUGAAAACUAGAAUAUCAGCAAAUUAACCCUCACAAGAAGGUCUGUCUUACAUUAUGAUGUUUGUAGCCUAAUCCACGGAAGUAUUGAUUCGAUGCCUCUGAAGAAUUGCUGCUACUUCUAUGCAAGGCUUUUGAAGGGCUAAAGAAAUUAUCGUUAUGUAGAUUGCGUACAGACAAUCCCUGAGCCUCAAACAGACCAAUAGGAUAUGUAUUUGCUUCCUUGGAAUGCCCCCCAACUCAAAUUCUCUCUCUUCCACCCCCAAUCUUUCACAUAUAUGCAAUAUGGAUGUAGAUAUUCCUUGUACCUUUUUGCUUUCUUUUCUACCAAGAAAAUUUCUCCUUCAUUAAAGUGUACACUACUGAUACUGUUUGUUGUAUUGGGGAGCACGUAGCAAUAAAAACUUUAACAUAACAUGCCACUCAGUACUGUGGUU